AUGUUCAGACUAGUACGAUUGGGAAGAACUGCUCUUACCCCAAGAUUGAAUGCCAACUUGGGACCAGCUACAAGGGUACCAAUUCAAACUUGCCGUAGAAAUUAUGUCAUUGUCCACAAAGAUUUAUCCAAAACUAAAAAGGAACCAAGAAUCAGAUAUAUUGCGUACUUAGUGGCAGUAUCGUGGGUCGCUAUUUGGUUUGUUUCAGGUCAAGUGGACAAGAAGAAACCGAAGCAAUACAUGACAGAACGUGAAUUUCAGGAAUAUGAACAAAGCACGGGAAUAAAAAGAAGACACAAGUUAAUUGGAUCCGAUUUGAACUCAAAGUAUAAAUUCUAUGUUAUUCCUUAUAUUUAUUCAGAUAAAGAGUUGGAGAAUAUAAAAUCCAGCUUGAAAAAGGCUGACCCAUCAAGGAAGAUUGUUGUUUUAGAUCCUUCAAAGUUGGUUGCCGAUGAAAAAGCCGACGAAACCAAGCGUUACUCUGCUUUGAUUAAUGAUUUAGAUGCUUCUCAUAAACCUUACCCUCCCGGGUUAAUUACAGCAAUUUUGAAAAACCACAUUCACUUUUUGAUGAACACCAGGGAAGGCACUUUCGACACGAACUACAUCAUCAAAAAUUAUCCUCAAACCACAAGUGAAGCCAUUAAAUUUGAAAACGAUGUGUCUGAUAUUAGCAAGUGUUUGAUAUUGCACUUUGACAUGUUGAACGAGCUACCAAAACAAAAGAAUGACGAGGAAGUGAGAAGUAUCAGGAAUGUUGAAGGGUAUUUCGAUUCAGUUGGUAAGUCAAAAUCCUUGGUUUCCAAAUUUGAUGAAAUGGAUGCAAAGUUUGAAGAGAUUAUGUUAGAGGAUUACUAA